AUGUGCUUUGUAAUCCAGCCUUGACAAGGCUGUGAACUUUUGCUGUAAAGUAAUGGAGUCAUCUGCCCAAGAGUCAUCACAACGCGACACUCCUCGUGAGCUGGACUUAUUUGGAGAAGAAGCAUUAGAAGAGAUUCUUGACUCCUAUGACAGUUUACGGGCGCAGAUUGAGCAACUUCAGUUGCACUGUGAAAAGCUAGUAACAGACAAAGCUACAGUUGAUCAGUUGUUGAUUGAUAAAGAGAAAGAAAAUCAACUUGUCAAAGAAAAACUACAAGAAGAAAUAAACAACCUUAGAAAAUUAAAUAUACAAUUGUUAUCAUCUCAGAACACAACUGAAAAAGAUUUGAGUCAUUCAUCAGGCUUGGUGAAGGAAAUCUUUGAUUCUGAUCAAGUGUAUCAAAAAAAAUUGGAAGCAGAUGCUAAGGUGGAUGCACUCCAAUUAAAGUUAUUAGAGAAGGACAAACACAUUUCAAACUUGGAAUGGCAGCUAGUUGAUUCUGAUGCUACAAUAGCAUCACUGCAGGCAGAGAGGGAUCGUCUAGCAUUGGAGCUUGACUGUACUUUAGCUAGAGAACAAGAAUCAGACCUUCAGGCUCUUGGUGCUGUUGGAGACAUAUCUGGGUACACUGAUCCUUUAGAUAAUUCAGAUUAUGGUUUGGUCGAGUCUGGAUUUGUGGAUGAUAUGCCUAUACGACGUGUUAGGAAGCAGCCUCGGCGGCACCUGAGUGAUUUGACUACACGUGGUACCUCUCACUUUGAUGACUUUGGUGCAAUUGUUGCUGGACAUGUUAGCCUUUCAGAUUACGAUGUUCCUACAUUAACAGAUAAAGAAUCAUAUGGUCUUGGUGGUCUACGGAGAGCAACAAACUUCAGCAACAUUAAUAACAUAGAUGCAUGUGAGAGGUUUCACAGUGUGACACCACAGUCUUCCUCAAGCAAUGUUCAUCUGCAGGAUUGGGAAAGUUUUGAUGAGUCUGAUGCAAAGCAGUCAUCAUCAUUGAACAGAAACAAAUGGGACAGACUUUCUGAUGUGUAUGACCAGACAGACAGGGGUGGUAGUGAUCUUAAAAGUGAAAAAGAAGACAUGUGGACCUUCACUCCUGAUAGUAUUAUCAAUGUAUCGACUGGUGAGGAAUUGUCACCUUUACCAGGGGAGUCAAACUUUUUUCGGAGGUUCUCCAAGGACAGUAAUAUACCGUCUAAUGACAACACACCACACAAGGGAACAAAAAACAUUCAGAGGGCAGAGUCUCUGCCUUCUGACAGAAGGAGAGUGGACAUCAACUCUGGAACGCAUCAAAAGACAGCUAGUCAACCCAUAGGCAAAACUGAUUCAUUUAUUCUUCAAACUAAUUAUAACAUGCAAACAUCCAACAAUAACAAAAAUGUAUCUAGCAAAAAGCUGGAGGAAUACCACAAGUGGAAGGUGUCUGGUUGUAAGGGUGAUCCCCCUGCGAAGCUCAAAAUAUCACAGUGAGUUGUUGUUGUUGUUGUUUUUUUUUUUAUCACAUGCCAUUGAAUCUGAAAACUUGACAUUUUUUGAGAUUUGAAAUUUUAAGGUGGCUGAUAUAUGAUUUUUAAUGAUCAUGACACCUGAAUAUGUUAUGUUAUAUUAUAAACUGAAUAUACAUGCAGUUUGAUUGGUUCUUACCUAGCUAUAAUCUAUCAAAGGACAGACACAUAGAUGAGAUCACCACUACUUGCAUUUUUCAUCAUACAAAGCAAAUUAAUCCCAUGUUGCUGUGAGCUUGUACAGUAACAGAUCAUACCAGUGACACACUUUGUUACCCCUUAAUGUGUGCCUUUUUUUUUUUGUACUUACCACAUUUUGACAUCAUCUUUGAUCUAUUACACAACAGAGGCAACUCAGAAUCUAUUUGUUAAAUAAACC